AUGAAACCAAGAGCACAUUCAAUUUUUGGUUUGGUCAUUCUACUGACGCUGGACUUUACCAAGGCUUUCUCUGAAAAAGACAAAGUGCCCGCUAACGCAGAUGAAAUUCAGCCUAAGUUCUGGGAGAGUCUUGCAAGGGAGAGGAUCCGACGAACCUUCCAAUAUUACAGAAAACCAAGGAAACCAGCCAAGAAUGUGAUCCUCUUUCUCGGUGAUGGCAUGGGCUUGCCCACCAUCGCUGCUGCGAGAUUCUUCAAAGCUGAGAUGGAGAAAAGAAUGGGUGCUGCUAAUCCCUCGUUGUAUUUUGAAGAAUUUCCUUUCCACACCCUCUGCCGUACCUUCAAUCUGUACACAGAAGUCACUGAUUCUGCCAGUUCUGCAACUGCCUAUCUUGGAGGCACGAAAACUAUCACUGGAAUGCUUGGAUUGACUGGUGCUGUUAGAGUCAAGGAAUGCAGGGAGUAUAAGGCGGAGGAGAAGAUUGACUCAGUUCUGGAGGCUGCUAUUCGUGCUGGCAAGGCCACUGGUCUGGUGUCCACUGCUCGAAUCACUCAUGCCUCACCAGCAGGUGCCUAUGCGCAUAUCUCCUACCGAAAGUGGGAAUCCAACAGUCAUGUAGAAAAAGACUGUCCAUCGGAGCAGAGCCGUCCUAAAGAUAUUGCACGUCAAAUGCUUGAAGAUCAUCCCGAUAUCAAUGUUAUGAUCGGUGGAGGUUUAGAUAUGUUCCAUGAUAAAAAUAACGGUGGCCAACGCACCGAUGGACGAAAUAUUGCUGAAGAAUGGCUCAAACGCAUGCAGGAUCAAGGUCGAAAAGCAAAGCUUGUUAAGAGCGCAAAAGAAUUCAUGACAACAGACUUUACUGGUGUCGAUUAUCUUCUUGGUCUUUUAGCGUCUUCCCACGUAGACUUCGAGGCGGAUAGAAAGCCCGAUGAAGCAUCUUUAGCGAAUAUGACAACUGUGGCCAUUAAAAUACUCUCACGUCAACCCAAUGGUUUCUUCCUCUUUGUUGAAGGUGGUAGGAUCGAUCACGCUCACCACGGAAACCUUGGAAAGCAAGAGGCCAUUCGUGAAGGCGUAAAGAUGGUUGAUUUGAAGGAGACGCUGGUUAUUGUCACAGCCGAUCACUCCCAUUCUUUCCAUCUUGUUGGUGAGCCAAGUCGACGAACCAGUCUUCUAGCUCUUGACGAAAGUUAUAGUCCACGAACAUUGGAUAACAAGGGUAUGAUCCCACUCCUCUACUCCUCUGGUUCUGCAGGAAAAGUGAAUGAGCUUCGUGGUGAUCUCAAUGGCAAAGAAAUCCUUGCAAAACUCUCUGACAAGGAGAACAAACUACCCGCUUUUAUCCCUCUCAACUCAUCAACCCACGGAGGAGAAGACGUCGGUGUCUACGCAACUGGUGCCUUCAGUCAAUUCUUCCACUCCACUGUGGACAAUACAUUCAUUGCCCAAUUAAUGAAGUACGCAAUGUGCCUUUAUCCCUUUGAGAGAGAACCACACUGCAUCAACGCGUCUACAACUCUUGGGUUCUCAGCUCUUUCGGUUAUUCUUAGCAUCCUCAUUACCAGAUAUAACCUCUGUUAG